AUGCCAGACGCAGCCUCUAGGGGGACGAUAAUCUACGUGGACGACGUUCUCAUGAGAAGUGAGACUUGGUCACAUCACCUCAAUGAAAUGGACCACGUUCUCACCCUACUCGGGACUGCAGGGGCUAAGUUGGCCAUCAUGAAGGGACAAUGGUGCAGGACCAAGGUAAACUACGUUGGGCUUCUGGUGGGUGCCGAGGGCAUCCUGCCACAGUCGAACAGAAUCCAGGCUGUCCGCAACAUCAAAACACCUACGAACCUUCACGAGGUGCGCAGCUUCUUGGGAGUAUGUAAUUACUCCCGCCAAUUCAUCGAAAACUACGCCGACUUGUCAAAACCGUUGACUCAUCUUCUUCAGAAAGACACCCCAUUCAUUUGGGAGGUCACUCACAACGAAGCUGUGGCUUCCUUGAAAAACCAGCUUUGCAAGGCACCCUGCCUGGUAUACCCCAACAAAGACAAGACAUUCUUCUUGGAAGUUGGUUUCUCAGAGCAACUGAGAAAAGCUAAGCACUGCCAUAGCGCAGGGUUGUACCAAAAAUACGACCAAGACAAACGUGUGGUUGCUUACGCGAGCAAAACACUCAACCCUGCAGAACACAAAUACUCAGACUGCGAAAAAGCACUGCUGUCGACAGUCUGGGCAAUCAAACACUUCACCAGUUAUGUCGGAGGACAAAAGGUGAUCAUAGAAACAUGUCACCAGCCUGUGACUUUUCUGAAAAACCAACGAAUCCGUGAAGGUGCUGUACACAACAGCAGGAUAGCGGCUUGGCUCAUGACGCUACAGAGCCAUGAUGUAGUAAUCAACUACGCAAAAGCGAAAAACCUUCCUUUGGGCAGUGCUUUGGCGGUGUGUCAACGCUGUGGUGACGAUGAAACCGACUCCGCACCACCCCCGCGUGACAUCGCUCCGCCAUUGCCUUCGAACCAUCACUACUUCGAAGAGAACGUGUGUCUUGAAAUGCCGAUGGCAUUUGUAGAUGGCUGUUCUUACCGCCAUCUAGAUCACUUGCAAGCUGGUGUGGGAUUGGUAUGGCACAAUGACAUUCCGUGCAAGCCACUUCAAUUUCAGCUUGGCAACAAGACCAGCCAGUUUGCAGAAGUGGCUGGCGUGCUGAUCACCCUGCAAACGGCGGUGAAACACGAAUUGUCAGAACUGGCGAUCUGCACCGAUUCAAACUACGCGAGACUCACCUUCUUAUGCCACUUGCCGUUUUGGAAACAAAAGCACAUGACUACUUCAAGUGGUAAGGAGGUGAAAAACAAAGAGCUCAUCCUAGCUUGUGAUGACCUCAUCACCAAACACGACAUACAGGUGUAUUGGAAAAAAGUCAAAGGACACUCCAAAUCACCUGGUCGUGACAAACUUGGCAACGACCAUGCCGACAGCAUGGCAAAAUCCGGUGCAAUUCACGGCACCCCUUGGGUGUUUGAUGCUCGAGACAAAAAAAACACUGAGGAUGCUAUGGUGUCUGCGGUAACGCGUAGCCAUGUAGCACCGGGGAAAACGUCUUCGCACGAACAUAAUGUGUUGCUAACGCAUUCAUUCCUGAAUGACGACCUGGUAGCAAUGCAACACCAAGAUGAGUCCCUCGCCACUUUGAUGGCGUUCCUCUCGGAUCCUGUCAACCACCCAGUGUCCGAACUGGCUUUGGCAGGUUCACACGAUUUGCGUUCGCUGUACGCAACUAAGCAGCACCUCACACUUGUAGAUGACCUACUGGUGUAUGUUUCAGAAACCGACACCGCUCGAAGGUGGGUGGUUCCUAAAACACAGAGGGGGAUAAUGAUAGCCCAUGCCCACGACGAGCCAUGUGGAGGCCAUAGGGGUGUCAAGGCUACAUGUGAAACAUUGUGACAGGUGGCCUACUGGCCUCACAUGGAACAAGACGUGGCACAAUACGUGAGGGGGUGUCUAGUUUGCUGCCAGUUUCAACCCUCCAAGCCACUUCACAGAGAUUCCAUGGUACAGCAUCUUUGGCAAGGCAGGAUGGUUGACUACAGCUCACUCAGUUAUAUCGUUACACAACAAGACGCACUCCGACUCCUGAUCCAGAAGUUAGAACAAACUGGUCACAUUAUUAAGAACAAGCCAGAAGACAAACAAAUACACGGGUAAGCUAUUUUUGACACUGAUAAAUAAUAUAUAUGCAAGUUACAUAAUAAUUUAACUCAUUUGAACUGUUGUUUGAUUGUAAUAUAAUAUCAAUGUUUUUGUUUAUCUGUGUGAUAUUUCAGCCAAGUGGAAGUGGCUCAUGUGUUGGCACCAACUGAAGCUGCAGAAUCAGACAUCAACAUGGAGGAUGACCAUCCUGCCUUGUACCAACUACCAGAGAACCAGUCAUGGGACAACAAACUGACAAAGGGGAUGCAAAGCAGUGGUUUAUAAGGUACACAGAUGAUGUUGAACUACAAAUCUACUGAUGUCUUGACAGUCGGAUGCACUCUCCUGCCCAGAUAAAGAUGAUAGCUACGUCACGGGUAGAGUGAGGCUGCAUAGGACAGAUAGAGGUGAUAGCUACAUCAUGGGUAGAGUGAGGCUGCAGAGGACA